AUGGUACCUCCUUACGGCUCCUUUUCGCCCUUCUGCUCGUCACCAUCCGGGGCGUCGGACCAGGGAGACGUGUCGAUCUCGACAGCCGGCCCUCUGCCUCACUGCAACCUCUUCUUCCGAAGCCUGCUCAAGGUCACAUCGCCUCCAGCAAUUACGACGUUGUUCCCGUUUCGGGACGUGACCGGAAUAGGAAACGGACGACCUUUGGGGCCAAUCACGACGGAGACGAGCGUGGAAGAUCUUGUAGCUACAAGGGCUAUUAAUCGGGCAGGGACGGGCGUGGGGCUUCGAUGCGAUGUCGGUCGCUUGGGGCAGGAAGGUAGUCUGGGUGAUAUCGCCCAACUUAUCACCUCGAUCUUUUGUUUCCUGAUCGUGUCGUUUGUCAUCUUCCGGACGAUAAGACGACGAGCGGCCGUAGGACGGAUCGAGAUCCUUUACUUCUUCCUCCUGUUCGCCUUGACUCUCCCGCUACGAAUCCUCACAACGGCAAACGUCUUGGAACAAGGUUCCGCAGCACUGGCGGUCAUUUCUGCUAUCCACGUCGCCUUGAACGUGGGGAUGAUGUGGAUAUUGUUAGGGAACGCGAUCGUCGCCACACAGGUCGUCCCUGACGGAACUCCAACAUCGAUCAUCCCUAUGAGCCUGAUCUUCCUCGUCCUCUUCGGCUUUACCGUCUACAUCGCCCUUGAUCAAGCUUUCGGAAUCUCUAGAUGGUUCAUGUUGACGAGCGGAAGAGCGGAAGUAGGGCAGUUGAGGAAUAUCGCCUUGUGGACGCUGAGCAUCUUAUGGCCGUACUUCGCCAGCGUUGUGUAUCUGACGAUCAUGCUCUACGUGGUCUACUACCACUUGGAGGAGGUCAGACCGUGUUUCUGGUUCAUAUUGUCGUUUCUCCUCUUUGCGGCAAGUCAGGCGGUACUCUUCCUAGCGAGUCAGCCUUUAUGCGAGGCCUCGAACGGGAAAGUCACUUCGGGCUUCCUAUCGACACUGUUGGAGACGGCUGCUGUAGCGAUGUUGUUCGCCGCAUGGAGCAGCAUUACCGAAGCGGAAUGGGACGAGCCGAUCUAUAUGGAAGAAUACAACAGUG